AUGAACAAGAAGGUCGUGCUGGAGGAGGAGGAGUAUGUGGAGGCGCUAGGCCAGAUUAUCGAGCGCGACUUCUUCCCAGACCUACCCAAGCUCAAGAAGCAGACAAAGCUGCUACGAGGCGAAGAAGAAGGUUUACCGUGGACUGACACAACACUGCGUGUUGCGUCUACUUCUCGAGGCAACGUAUCAGUAUGGAGCAACAUAAGUGACUCAGGAUGGGACCAACCUACUCCCGUAGUGGAGCAUUCAGCUGAUGAUCAAGUACAGGGUGAAGAUUCAGACGAUAGUGCGAAGACUUCCAUGACGCUGAAUCGCUUUGUUGCGACCCAUACUUCCGAGGACAAUGAAUCAUUCAAUGAGCUGCAAGAAAAAGCGGUAAAAGACCAUCAACGACGAUACCAUUGGGCGUUCGUCGAUGACAAGGAAAAAGGCGACCCCAAGCUCCACUUGUUGACGAACGGGACUUGGAUUUCAAAAGAGCAGCGGCAGAUUGCAGACGAAGCCUGUGCUUCGAAAGGUCCGAAAGACUAUAGGCCAAGUGCUCCGGAGACGUGGAAAUAUCGCGCAAGAAACCCACUUCUCUUCCCUCCUGAGCUAGAAGCAACGCGAGAUAUCUGCCAAGUUAAAGCGGAUCCAGGAGACCAGUUGUUACUCGAAAACAGUUCAAAGUCGCAGUCAAAACUACCGCCAAGGCCCGGAAAGAAGACUGUCUACGCUAACUCCAGGUUUUCUUCAGAUGAUAUUAAACUUGAUGGAUCCGAAUCAGGAGGAAAUCAAGCGUCUUCACGAAAGGAUUACUCCUUAGUGCCGAUGACACCACUCAUUGCUCCUGGUGUGGAUGCAAGCCCACUGAUGACCUGGGGAGACAUUGAAGGCACACCAACGAAUCUAGGCUCACAAGCAACAUCAGCACGCCUUCAGAACACGCCUAGUUUCGAACUUAAAGAUACGUCUCAACGAGAAAAGCUGGCAAGUCGACUUGAAUCUGAAGCUCGCCACCGCAAUCCCACCUCGCGGUUGCCGGGGAUCAAAACGCCUUCUAAGAAGCGUCGGAAGACUGAACAAACGCCCGUAUCACGCAGUGUUCGCGCCCGCAUAUCAAGUGGUCGGUCAGUUCUACGCACCCCACUGGGCUCAGAUCCGCAGUUACGAGCAAGCUAUUCUACACCUCUAUGGCCACCACGUUUUUCGUCCAAGACGCGGAAGACGAGAUGA